AUGUCGUUCAUUAAAAGCCCUCCACAUGAUGAUUCUCUAGUACCCAAUAAUAAUCAUAGAUAUCCUGGCCCUGAUACGGUAGGUUCUUCUAUUUCUGGCGUCAAUGGUGGUGGUUCUGGCAUUAAUUUGAAUAAUGGAGAUGGCGUGAUGGGCAAUAAUAGUAUGGGUCUAGGAAAUGGCUCGGGACAGGGUGAGUUAGGAUCUGGUCAAGGAAACGCCAAUGGAGGCGGGGGAUUUUCGGCCAUUAACUUUGGCACUGGUAAUUUCAAACCCAUUCCAGCUGGAUCUAUUAGUGUACCUCCAAGUUCAAUGAGUCCACCAGGACCAACUGGGGGUCCAACUGGUGGACCCAAGAACUUUUCAUUUGUGGCCAAUCCAGUCAACCCAACCAAUAAUUCAUCUAAAGACAAGAAAAAACUGGUGGUUGCUUGCGCUGGGUGUAGAAAGAAAAAAAUCAAGUGCUCUGGUCAUCGUCCAGCAUGUACAAAUUGUUUACGUAUCAAUGUUGAAUGUGAAUAUCCUAUUGUCAGAAACAGAGGGUCCAGAUACGGGUAUACAAAAAUGCUCAGUCGUCGUUUAGACGCUUUGAGAGUGUACUGCUCAGAAGAUUUGUCCGAGGGAUCAUCUCCAGUGUCGCAAAUAUCACAGUCGAGUAAUACUAGCAAUUCUGGCGGUGCUCCUAUUGGUUCAUCUCUUAAUCGUGCAUUACCUAUAACAGAUGAACAGCAGCUUAUGAGACAGAUAUCGUCAAAAUCCGAUCAAGAAGCACAUCAUCUUCAUCACUUAGCAGAAAUCAACCUACAAAAAUCGUCACUGUCGUCUCAACAGGGUAUUUCUGGCUUGUCUGAUUUGAUGACCACCACGACCGCUGAGGAUAAACGAGCUGCUAAUAUCAUCACAGGACUAAAAUCAGGACCACCUACUCGGAAAGGGUCACCGGAAAUCGAUUCGUUAUUACCGCCAUCAGACAUCGUUAUCCACUUGGCAGAAGUAUAUUUCAAGUAUAUUCACAAUCAGACCUACUCGUUUCUACAUAAACCGACAUUUAUGAUAAGAUUACGACGUGGAGACGUCAAUCGAGGACUCGUAUUAGCGCUUUGUGGACUAGCAGCGAGGUUUUCUCGUCAUCCGAAAAUCACUAAAAGUGGACAGAAUGCACAUAAAGCAGGUGAAGUAUUUGCUGAGCGAGCAAGACAAGUAUUGAGUCGAGAGUUUGACAGCCCGUCUGUCGAGGCUGUCCAGGCCAUGAUAUGUCUUACUCAACACGAUUUCUUCAAACACAAGGGCGGAAAAGCGAUGAUUUAUAUAUCCAUGGCAAUGCCAAUGGCUUUGAAUCUAGGCCUAAAUAAAGAAUUACCUGAUGAUUCCCCUGCUACAUGGCUGGAAAGAGAAUGCCGUCGUCGUACGUUUUGGUCGUUAGUGGUUCUUGACAGACUAGGCCAUGCUACUAGUACCUACCCAAUUCAACUGGAUGAAAUAUCCGACAUCCUCCUGCCAUGUCCGUAUCAUAAUUUUGAAAACAAUAUACCAACACUGACAACCACGUUCGCUAAUCGUGACUUGUCUAUUCCCUCGCAUCGAGACUUGGAUGUGUUCUCGUACCACAUGGAAGCCACAUUAAUUUGGAACAAAAUCAACAGGUAUGUGUCUUCUAAAAACAACGAAUCAACCCCUCCUUGGAAAUCCGACUCGAAAUUCGCUGCUCUCGAACAAGAAUAUCUGCAUCUCAAAAACGACGUGGUACCUAGCAAGUUCAAGUAUUCCAAAGGCACUCUAAACGAGUUGAGUGCUUUGAAUCGAGCUGGCACCUAUCUCCAUCUCCAUACCGAACUGCUUGCAGCCCAAUUCCUACUCUACCGCACUGUCUACCCUUACGACCCCUCGAGGUAUUCAUUUCCAGACAAACCACCCAAAGAGUUCAUUGAGAAAGCUGUAUGCAACGUUCAAGAUGCUGCUAACUCAAUGGCUGCCAUAGUGUCUGAUAUUUUACAGUUGGAAGAUACUACCGUAGCACCAUUUAUCAGUUUCUGUGUGUUCACGGUAUCUUCGGUGCAUGUUGCACUAUCAUUCUCACCCGAUGCAGUUGUUGCGGGUCGAGCAAAACAGAAUCUCGCACUCACACUUCGACUACUGGUUAUCCUGCGAGAAUACUGGUACAUAGUGGGAGUAUGGUGUGUGAUGCUGAAAGAUAGAUACACCAAGAAACUGGCUGUUUCCAAAGAAGGAGCUGCCAGACGGCAAUUACAAGGCGGAGUAUCGAGUGAUAGAAUAGAAUUUUCGGAAACAGAUGGUGCCCAUGGAGAUGAUGACGAUGAAGACGGAGAUAAAACCACACCGACCAGUUUGUCACGACCUAGUACACCUCCAGCAUACCUACCUGAAGAUCUCAUUAAACACGGAACUUCUAGCAAUAUUGGAUCGACUGCGACUACCCGACCUGGCUCGCCAUUCAGUACUAAACCAGGACUGGGUUCGUUUCACGAGUUUCCUGGCGACCAACUUCCUGCUAAACGCAUUAAAGUUGAUAUGUCCACCUCGAAUUCCCAUGAACAAUACACAGACCAUCAACCGGACGCGGAUAUACAUCUCGGAGAAAGACAACAACUGCCGUCACAGGACAUUCCCUUCAGCAUCUCGGGCCAACCUUCUAGUGGAGCGCCCUCUGAAAUGGGUACCGCCGACAUUCUCCACGAUGACGGAGCCGAGUGGCUCAACGCCCUCGACAGCCGAAACUUCUUCGAUUUCGGCAGCCUGUACAACUUCGACUCGACCAUAGCACGACCGCUGCCCGAGGUGCCCGCUAUGCAGUUCAACGCUGACAAAGAACAAAGCAUCCUUGAGCAUAUUCUCGAAAACGUCAUGGACAAAGUCCCCGACGACCUGUACUAA